CUCUCACAAGGUUCUUGUGGAAGAAUGAAGUCUCUACCAGACUACCAGUGUUCAGCAAUACGUACCUUCUUGCUUUCAGCCCAAAAAGAAAGGAAACUGCGGAGCCCAAACAUAUCUGACCGACCGCUAGAACCCAAUACGAUCGUGUUUACCCUUUACAAUCACAGAUAAACAAUGCAAGUGAGACACAGACGAAUACAAACUUACACACAAAAUCCAAUGACGUCCUAACUAUAGCUUCUCAAACUCAUCCAGGCUCCAGCCUCCCCCUGUGACUGUGUUGGUGGUAAGCUUCAACAUGUUUCGCCAUUUCUAGGGUUUUAAAUUGCUCUUCUCCCUCAUCAUUCAUCAAUCCGUUCAUUUCCGCUCCUCAUUUUCUUCUUCCCCUACUAUCCCAAACGAAACAAAAGAAAAAAAGAUAACUUUCCAUGGAAAACCAGAACCAACGUCUUUGACCAACACCGAUCGUAAUCAUAUUAUUCCUUCUCAAAGGUUACACCUUUUCAAUUCUCUCAUUUGCCAAACUAUGGUCACCAAGUCGGGGUCGGAGCCCAUCAACGGCAUUGCACCGGCCAAAUCCGGAUCCAACCAGACCACUACACUGAAGUCGGAUCUGCUGAGUUCGACCUUCUCUCUCAAGCAGUUUAAGCUCAAGACCAAGCAACAGGAGCUCUUGAUCCGGGUCUCAAUUCUCUGCCUUGUCUAUGUACUCGCUUUCAUUACUCGCCUCUUUAGUGUCCUCCGCUAUGAGUCUAUGAUCCACGAAUUUGAUCCCUACUUCAAUUACCGGACCACUGUCUUCCUCACCCAGAAAGGAUUCUAUGAAUUCUGGAACUGGUUCGACUCCGAGAGCUGGUACCCUCUCGGAAGGAUCAUCGGCGGGACACUCUACCCGGGUCUUAUGGUCACGGCUGCUCUAAUCUACUGGAUCCUCCGAUUCCUCCGAUUCGCAGUUCAUAUUCGUGAGGUCUGUGUGUUGACUGCUCCAUUUUUCGCAUCGAACACUACCGUUGUUGCUUACUUCUUCGGCAAAGAGAUUUGGGAUUCCGGUGCUGGGCUAGUUGCCGCCGCAUUGAUUGCCAUUUGCCCUGGCUACAUUUCGAGGUCUGUAGCUGGGUCUUAUGAUAACGAGGGUGUGGCCAUUUUCGCAUUGUUGUUGACGUUUUACUUAUUCGUUAAGGCAGUGAACACCGGGUCGCUAGCUUGGGCGCUUGCCUCGGCUUUUGCUUACUUCUAUAUGGUGUCUGCCUGGGGAGGAUAUGUGUUCAUAAUUAAUUUGAUUCCGCUUUAUGUGCUAGUGCUUCUGAUUACCGGGAGGUAUUCUAUGAGGCUCUAUGUUGCCUAUAAUUGUACGUAUAUAUUGGGGAUGUUGCUGGCAAUGCAGAUUCGUUUUGUUGGGUUUCAGCAUGUGCAGUCAGGGGAGCACAUGGCCGCUAUGGGAGUGUUCUUCUUGAUGCAGGUGUUUUACUUUGUAGAUUGGGUGAAGUACCUUCUGAGUGACACAAAAUUGUUUCAAGCAUUUUUGAGAAUCACUGUGACCUGUGCAGUGGGUCUGGGUGCUAUUGCUCUGGGAGUCGGCACAGCAUCUGGGUAUAUCUCUCCUUGGACUGGUCGAUUCUACUCUCUUCUGGAUCCAACGUAUGCUAAAGAUCACAUUCCCAUUAUUGCAUCUGUAUCUGAACAUCAGCCGACAGCUUGGUCCUCUUUUAUGUUUGAUUUUCAUAUCCUGCUAUUCCUAUUCCCAGCGGGUCUAUAUUUCUGUUUCAAGCGGUUGUCAGAUGCCACAAUAUUUAUAGUUAUGUAUGGUCUUACGAGCAUGUAUUUUGCUGGUGUCAUGGUUCGGUUAAUACUUGUUGCAACACCUGCAGUAUGCCUUAUUAGUGCUAUUGCAGUUUCUGCUACCAUAAAGAAUUUAACUCAAUUGUUAAGGGCAAAAGGCAAAGUUUCGCCAACUGGUUCUGCCAAGGGAACUGGUGGUGCAAAAGCUUCUUCUAAGGCUUCGCUUGAUCAAUCUCAGCCUUUCCAGAGAAAUGGUGCAAUAGCAUUGCUGCUUGGUGCUUUUUACUUGCUCAGCAAGUAUGCUACUCACUGCACCUGGGUCACAUCAGAGGCAUAUUCAUCUCCUUCAAUUGUCUUGGCUGCAAGGGGUGCCCAUGGCAACAGAGUGAUCUUUGAUGAUUAUCGUGAGGCAUACUUUUGGCUUCGACAAAACACUCCCCCUGAUGCUAAGGUGAUGUCAUGGUGGGAUUAUGGGUACCAAAUCACCGCCAUGGGAAACAGGACUGUUAUUGUUGACAAUAACACCUGGAACAAUACCCACAUUGCAACUGUUGGGCGUGCCAUGUCGUCUUAUGAAGACGAGGCAUAUGAGAUAAUGAGAGGACUUGAUGUGGAUUAUGUUCUGGUUGUCUUUGGUGGUGUUACUGGGUAUUCCUCCGAUGACAUCAACAAAUUCUUGUGGAUGGUGAGAAUUGGAGGUGGUGUGUUUCCGGUGAUUAAGGAACCUGAUUACCUUGUUAAUGGCGAGUAUCGUGUUGACAAAGGUGCUGCUCCCAAGAUGUUGAAUUGUCUCAUGUAUAAGCUGUCUUACUAUCGAUUUGGAGAGCUGAUGACGGAGUAUGGCAAACCCCCUGGGUACGAUCGUGCAAGGGGAGUUGAAAUUGGAAAUAAGGAUGUAAAACUCGAGUACUUGGAAGAGGCUUUUACAACAAGUAACUGGAUAGUUCGUAUUUAUAAGGUCAAACCACCCAAAAAUAGGUGGUGAGAUUUUGACUCUUCUCCCAUAUCCCCCCUCUUGAGGACAUAAAGUUAGACAUGGUAGUUGAAACUCUGAAAGCUCAAGUCUUGGAAUAUAGGUACUUAGCGAUGGAAGGGACAGACUUUUUUGGCAGAGAGAUUGAGUUUGUAUCAAUAGAGGAUAUUUAUGUGAACUCAUUUUUGGAUUUUCAAGUGUGCCUGCUUUUGAUGAACUACAGGAAAAAAAUUUCACCAAAUUGAUCCAUAAACUUGUUCUCCACUGGACAAAUUUAAUAGCUUCAUUUUUA